CGCGGAGGGGCGGGGCGGGCCGCGGAGCCGCAGCUGAGGAGCCCGGGGAGCGGCCGGCGGCCGGGGGGAGCCGCCAUGGAGGCCGUGCCCCGCAUGCCCAUGAUCUGGCUGGAUCUCAAAGAGGCGGGCGACUUCCACUUCCAGCCGGCUGUGAAGAAGUUUGUCCUGAAGAAUUAUGGAGAGAAUCCGGAAGCCUACAAUGAAGAACUGAAGAAGCUGGAGUUGCUAAGACAGAAUGCUGUUCGUGUUCCACGGGACUUUGAGGGCUGCAGUGUUCUCCGCAAGUACCUCGGUCAACUCCAUUACCUACAGAGCCGGGUGCCCAUGGGCUCAGGACAGGAAGCUGCCGUCCCUGUCACCUGGACCGAGAUCUUCUCUGGCAAGUCUGUGGCCCAUGAGGACAUCAAGUAUGAGCAGGCGUGCAUUCUCUAUAAUCUUGGAGCCCUGCACUCUAUGCUGGGGGCCAUGGACAAGCGGGUGACUGAGGAGGGCAUGAAGGUCUCCUGCACCCAUUUCCAGUGUGCAGCAGGUGCCUUUGCCUACCUGCGCGAGCACUUCCCUCAGGCCUACAGUGUUGACAUGAGCCGCCAGAUCCUCACGCUCAACGUCAACCUCAUGCUGGGCCAGGCCCAGGAGUGCCUUCUGGAGAAGUCCAUGCUAGACAACAGGAAGAGCUUUCUGGUGGCCCGCAUCAGCGCGCAGGUGGUGGAUUACUACAAGGAGGCAUGCCGGGCCCUGGAGAACCCAGACACUGCCUCGCUGCUGGGCCGCAUCCAGAAAGACUGGAAGAAGCUGGUGCAGAUGAAGAUCCACUACUUCUCGGCUGUAGCUCACCUACACAUGGGGAAGCAGGCUGAGGAGCAGCAGAAGUUUGGGGAGCGGGUCGCGUACUUCCAGAGUGCCCUGGACAAGCUUAAUGAAGCCAUCAAGCUGGCUAAGGGACAGCCGGACACUGUGCAAGAUGCACUUCGUUUCGCUAUGGAUGUCAUCGGUGGAAAGCACAACUCUGCCAAGAAGGACAACGACUUCAUCUACCACGAGGCAGUCCCAGCGCUGGACACCCUCCAGCCCGUGAAAGGUGCCCCCUUGGUGAAGCCCUUGCCAGUGAACCCCACCGACCCCGCUGUUACUGGUCCUGACAUCUUCUCCAAACUGGUGCCCAUGGCUGCCCACGAAGCCUCAUCACUUUAUAGUGAGGAGAAGGCCAAGCUGCUUCGGGAGAUGAUGGCCAAGAUUGAAGACAAGAACGAAGUCCUGGACCUGUUCAUGGAUUCAAUGCAGCUGGACCCUGAGACUGUGGACAACCUGGAUGCCUAUAGCCACAUCCCCCCCCAGCUCAUGGAGAAGUGUGCAGCCCUCAGUGUCCGGCCUGACACCGUCAGGAACCUUGUCCAGUCCAUGCAGGUGUUGUCAGGUGUGUUCACGGAUGUGGAGGCCUCCCUGAAAGACAUCAGGGAUUUACUGGAGGAGGAUGAGCUGCUAGAGCAGAAGCUGCAGGAGGCAGUAGGCCAGGGAGGGACCAUCCCCUUAGCCUCUAAGGCUGAGCUGGCGGAGGUGAGGCGAGAGUGGGCCAAGUACAUGGAGGUCCACGAGAAGGCCUCCUUCACCAACAGCGAGCUGCACCGGGCCAUGAAUCUGCACGUCGGCAACCUGCGCCUGCUAAGCGGACCUCUGGAUCAGGUGCGGGCCGCCCUGCCCACACCAGCCCUCAGCCCAGAGGACAAGGCUGUGCUGCAGAACUUGAAGCGCAUCCUGGCCAAGGUGCAGGAGAUGCGGGACCAGCGUUUGUCCCUGGAGCAGCAGCUUCGGGAGCUCAUCCAGAAAGAUGACAUCACCGCAUCUCUUGUUACUACGGACCAUUCAGAGAUGAAGAAGCUGUUUGAGGAGCAGCUGAAGAAGUAUGACCAGCUGAGAGUGUAUCUGGAGCAGAACCUGGCUGCCCAGGACAACGUCCUCCGGGCGCUGACAGAGGCCAACGUGCAGUACGCAGCUGUGCGGCGGGUGCUCAGUGAGCUGGACCAGAAGUGGAACUCUACUCUGCAGACCCUGGUGGCCUCGUACGAAGCCUACGAGGACCUGAUGAAGAAGUCCCAGGAAGGCAAGGACUUCUACGCAGACCUGGAGAGCAAGGUGGCUGCCCUCCUGGAGCGGACGCAGUCGACCUGCCAGGCCCGGGAGGCUGUCCGCCAGCAGUUCCUGGACAGGGAGCUGAAGAAGAAGGCGCCACCACGGCCCACAGCCCCCAAACCGCUGCUGUCCCGCCGGGAGGAGGGGGAGGCCGUGGAGACGGACCUGCCCGAGGAGCUGCGGUGCCUGCCUCCUGACUCCUUCCUGGGACCCGCUGCCCUGCUUCCCUUUCCCCGCUGCCCCUUCCCCGGCUCUGCGGUGCCGGGCCCCCACUAUCUCUCAGGCCCUUUACCCCCGGGGACCUAUGCGGGUCCCACCCAGAUGCUACAGCCCAGGGGCCCUCCGGCCCCAAGGCCCCCUGCAGUGGCCAUGGCACCAGGGCCGGCCCUCUACACGGCCGCUACCUACACGCCAGAGCUGGGCCUUGUGCCUCGGUCCUCCCCGCAGCACAGUGCGGUGAGCGGCCCCUAUGGGGCGGUGGGGCCACCUCUCCCUGUCACAGGGCUGCCCUCAGCCCCGCCUCCCCAGUUCUCGGGUCCUGACUUGGCCAUGGGGGUUCGGCCCGCCACCACCACUGUAGACAGUGUCCAAGCUCCCAUCUCCAGCCACAUGGCCCCCCAACCUAGCCCCACUCCUGUUGCCCACCAGCCCUGUUUCCCUGCACCGUAUGGCUACCCUCUAGGGACAAGCGCCCCCCUCGCAGUGCCCCCAGUCCAGCACUUCUCUCCCGGGGUCCCUGCGGGCUUCCCAACCCCGAGGAUUGGGCCUCCGCCCCAGCCUCACCCCACACGAGCUGCAUUUGGGCCGCAGCCCCAGCCGCACCCACACCUCUUCCCACCACAGCCUCCAGGGCUCAUGCCCCCACAGUCACCCUACCCCUUUACUCCUCAGCCUGCGGUUCUGAGACAGCCCACACCCCCUGUACACCCCCAGCUCUACCCAGGGCCCUCCCAGGACCCUCUGCCCCCCCAUUCAGGGGCUCUGCCCUUCCCCAGUGUAGGACCACCCCAGCCCCCCCACCCUGCCCUGGCGUACGGGCCUGCUCCUUCCCCUAGACCCCUGGGCCCACAGGCCACCCCUCUUGCCAUCCGAGGCCCCACACCCACUGGUCAGCCAGCCCCCAGUCCCCACCCCGUUCCACCUUCACCCACCCCGUCACCAGGGCCUGGUCCAGUCCCUCCCCGGCUCCCAGCGGCAGAGCUGCCCGCAUGCCCACGCAGAGGUGCCGCCGCCGCGGAUCUGCUUUCCUCCAGCCCUGAGAGCCAGCAUGGUGGCACACAGCCGCCUGGGGGUGGGCAGCCCCUGCUGCAGCCAACCAAGGUGGAUGCGACUGAGGGCCGGCGGCCACAGGCCCUUCGGCUGAUCGAGCGGGACCCCUAUGAACACCCCGAGCGGCUGCAGCGGUUGCAACAGGAGCUGGAGGCCUUCCGGGGGCGGCUGGGUGACGCGGGUGCUCUGGACACUGCCUGGCGCGAGCUGCAGGAGGCGCAAGAGCAGGACGCCCGUGGCCGCUCCAUCGCCAUCGCCCGCUGCUACUCCCUCAAGAACCGGCACCAGGACGUCAUGCCGUACGACAGUAACCGCGUGGUGCUGCGCUCCGGCAAGGACGACUACAUCAACGCCAGCUGCGUGGAGGGGCUCUCGCCCUACUGCCCGCCCCUGGUGGCCACGCAGGCCCCCCUGCCUGGCACGGCCGCCGACUUCUGGCUCAUGGUGCACGAGCAGAAAGUGGCAGUCAUCGUCAUGCUGGUAUCUGAGGCUGAGAUGGAGAAGCAAAAAGUAGUGCGCUACUUCCCCACCGAGCGGGGCCAGCCUAUGGUGCACGGUGCCCUGAGCGUGUCCCUCAGCAGCGUGCGCAGCACCGAGACCCACGUGGAGCGGGUGCUGAGCCUGCAGUUCCGAGACCAGAGCCUCAAACGCUCCCUUGUGCACCUCCACUUCCCCACUUGGCCUGAGCUAGGCCUGCCGGACAGCCCCAGCAACCUGCUGCGCUUCAUCCAGGAGGUGCACUCGCACUACCUGCACCAGAGGCCCCUGCACACGCCUGUAGUCGUCCACUGCAGCUCCGGAGUGGGCCGCACCGGAGCCUUUGCGCUGCUCUAUGCUGCCGUGCAGGAGGUGGAGGCCGGAAGCGGGAUCCCGGAGCUGUCCCAGCUGGUGCGGCGCAUGCGGCAGCAGAGGAAGCACAUGCUGCAGGAGAAGCUGCACCUCAGGUUCUGCCAUGAGGCGGUGGUGAGGCAUGUGGAGCAGGUCCUGCAGCGCCAUGGCGUGCCCCCUCCAUGCAAACCCUCAGCGGGCGCAGGAGCAGACACAAGCCAGAAGAACCACCUUCCUCAGGACUCCCAGGACCUGGUCCUCGGUGGGGACGUGCCCAUCAGCUCCAUCCAGGCCACCAUUGCCAAGCUCAGCAUCCGGCCUCCUGGGGCCUUGGAUUCCCAGGCUGCCAGCCUGGCAGGCCCCACAGAGCCUCCAGGUUUGCCGCCAGCCAACCUCCCGGAGUCCACCCAGCUCCCACCCUCUUCCCCACCACCUCCUCUCCCUUCACCCCUGCCUGAGGCUCCCCAGCCCGAGGAAGAGCAGUUGGUGCCCGAGGCCCCCAACCUGGCGCCCCCCUCCUCCUCCCUAGAGCUGCUGGCCUCCCUAACCCCUGAGGCUUUCUCCUUGGACAGCUCCUUGCGGGGAAAGCCGAGGAUGAGCAAACAAAACUUUCUGCAGGCCCACAAUGGCCAGGGCCUCCGGGCUGCCCAGCCCGCUGAUGACCCCCUCAGCCUCCUGGACCCACUGUGGACACUCAACAAGACCUGAGAGGCUUUGCCUGCUGGGCCUUACACUACACCUCCCCUCCCUGCUGCCCUCGGCCCUGGCAAGGUCCUCUCCACCCCUGUGGGGUGCGCUGCACUGCAGGCCUGUGGGUCCAGUUCUGACACUUUCAGCCCAUUGCUACUGACAUAAUAAACCCAGCUGUUCCAUGGCGA